AUGUACUGUAGCCCAGCAAUCCCCAACAACUUGGCCACAAACCAAGAUUUCCGUUCAAGCAAGUUACGUUGUGACUGUCAUUUACAGUGGAUUGUCAAAUGGUCUCGAGACAAUAGUGUCAAAAUCCAGGACACGACUGUCUGCGCAAUGCCAUCUGAUGUUAAGGGUCGUCCAGUUAAAGACCUUAAGAAGAAGGACCUACAUUGCGAACGUCCACUUGAACUGCCAUUGUUUGACCUUCAACCCUCAACCAACCAAAUUGUCUUUGAAGGUGACAAACUUCCAUUUGAGUGCCGGGCCUUCAAGUCGGACGAACACUCAGAAAUGUUCUGGAUUCGCGAGGGCAAACGAUUGUCCACUAAUCGCACCGCAGGCAUUUUCCUGCAUGAAAUGUAUAUCCACGAUCGUCAGAUAAUGAUCACUCGACUGGUCAUUGAGAAACUGGCCAAAAGUCACCAGGGAAUUUGGGAGUGCCAGGUGACCACUCCCCGCGGUAACGUGUCCGAGUCAGUCAAUGUGGUGGUCAUUCCGAGCAACGCACUGUACUGCUCCCGUGAACGUGUGCGCACACCGAAAGGAAUGUACCUGUGGAAGAAGACAGUGACUGGCAUUCAGGUCGAACAGCUGUGUAAUUUUGGUCGGAAUCAAUUUGCCACUUACUUCUGCAACGAGUACGGCCACUGGCAGGAUCUUGAUGUCAGCAAGUGUGACUACGUUAUUGAGCUGACUCGAAAGUUAAGCAAUUUGGCCACGGGAGGUCAAGUCUACACAAUAAUGUUAGAAACAGCAAGUAAAAUUUUGGAUCUGAAUGAGAAAUUAUUGAUUCGUGCCCAACAAAACAACAAUAGCUGCUCAAGAAUUAUUAAAAGUAUUGAAGUGAUAUCUAAACAUAUUUUAUUGAGUAAUAAUCAUUGGACUGGCGAUACCAACAAUAUUUACACUGAGGGUUACAAUUCUUCCUUCUUACCUGGAAGUCACAAAAAGGGUAAGUUUCUUUUUAUUUUUUUCCUCACUUUUUACACUUUUUCUUGUUUUGUUCCUCUUUUUUUCUCUUUGACUUUUUCCUCUCUUUUUUCACAUAUUUUUUGCUUUUUUUUUUUUCUUCUUUUAUCUUUUCUUUCUCUUUUUUCUCUUUUCUUUUUUGACUUUUUCCUCUCUUUUUUCACAUUUUUUUUUCUUCUUUUAUCUUUUCUUUCUCUUUUUUCUCUUUUCACUUUUCCUCUCUUUUUUCACAUAUUUUUCACUUUUUCCUCUCUUUUUUCACAUAUUUUUUCUUUUUUUUCUUUUUUUCUCUUUUUUCUCUUUUCUUUUUUGACUUUUGCCUUUCUUUUUUCACAUAUUUUUUCUUUCUUUUCUUUUUUUAUCUUUUCUUUCUCUUUUUUCUCUUUUUUGUUGACUUUUUCCUCUCUUUUUUCACAUAUUUUUUUCUUUUUUUUCUUCUUUUAUCUUUUCUUUCUUUUUUUUUUUUACUUUUUUCACUAUUUCUGCUUUAUUCAAUUUUUUUUCUUAGCUUUUUUUCCUAUUUAUCUUUUUUUUUGUUUUUUUUUCUCUUUUUUUUCUUUUUUACUCAUUUUUUUCUCUCUUUUUUUUCUUUUUUUAUUCACACUUGUCGGUUAUUCAAUAACAAAUUUAUCAGAUCCAGUUGUCCUUACAUUUCAAACACCCCAUGUUGACCACAGCUUGUUACGGGCUGUCUACUGGGAUUUCUACAGCAAUAAUGGCUUAGGGGAAUGGCGAACGGAUGGAUGUAAUAUUGUCAGCCAUUACAGAAAUGUCACCACAGUCCAUUGUUAUCAUCUAACCAAUUUUGCCAUCCUGCAGGUUGUGAUAUUUGCCUUUUUUUCAUUUUCUUUGUUUUCUUUUGAUUUCAUUUUCUUUUUUGCUCAUUUUUUCUUGUCCUUUUGCUUCCAUUUUUUCUUGCAUAUUUUCUUUCUGUUUUUUCCUUCUUUUUAA